AUGGCACGUGACUCGUCCUCCUCCCGCCUCCGCGUCGUCGACACCGCCGUCGUCACACCGUCCGGCCCGCCGCUGCCGCCGUCCUCCCUCCCGCUCACCUUCCUGGACCUGCAGUGGAUCCAUUCCCCGCCCGUCGAGCGCAUCUUCUUCUACCACAUCGGCGCCGCCCAUGCCGACCUCGUCGUCUCCAGCCUCAAGGCCUCGCUCUCCACGGCCCUCCGCGCUUUCUUCCCGCUUGCCGGCCGCCUCCGCGCCACCACCGCCAACGGCCGCCCCGACAUCUUCUACGAGCCCGGGGACGGCGUCACCUUCACAGUCGCCGAGUACGACGCCGACCUCAGCGACCUCGCAUCCGACCAUCACCCCAGGCAGGUCGCUGAGCUCGUCCAGCUCGUUCCGCGCCUACGGCACGCCGACGCCGACGGAGGCGCUGCGCUUCUCUCCGUGCAGGCCACCGUGCUGCUGCCGCGGGGUGACCUCGCGCUCGGCGUGACCGUGAACCACGCCGCCUGCGACGGCGCGGGCUCCACCAGCUUCCUCCACACCUGGGCGGCCUCCUGCGCCGGACCGGACAGGCCGCUCCCGCUGGCUCCUGUCAUCGACCGGACGCUCAUCACUGAACCGGCAGGCCUCUACGAACACUACACGAACAACCUGAUGAGCGCCGACGAGAUCGAGUUCGUCAAGAUGUCGCCGGACCAGCUCCUCGCCACGUUCACUCUGUCCAGGGAGCACCUGCAGGGCGUCAAGGACGCCGUGGCCAGCGAGGCCGCGCGGCGUGGCCAGACGCCGCCAAGGUGCUCGACGCUCGUCGCCGCCUUAGGCUUCGUCUGGUCGUGCUACCGCCGAGCCAAAGCAGAGACCGGUGACGGCGCUGCGGAUCCCGAAUCACCAACAUACUUCAUCGUCCCCGUGGACUACCGGCAGUUGAUGAAGCCGCCUGUGCCGGCGACGUACCUGGGCAACUGCAUCGGCCCGGCCAUCGGCGCAGCGGCCAAGGGGGAGCUCGCCUCGGCCGGCGCCGAUGGGCUCUUCACGGCGUGCGCGGCGAUAGCGGCGGGCAUCGAGAAGGCGGUGGCGUCUCCAGAGUGGGAGACGAUGGUGGAGCGCGUCAAGGAGGCGGGGGCGCGCGGCGUGCUGUCCGUGGCCGGGUCGCCAAGGCUCCGUGUGUACGACGUCGACUUCGGGUUCGGCCCCCCGGCGAAGGUGGAGAUCGUGUCCGUGGCGAGGACCGGUGCCAUGGCGGUGGCGGAGAGUCGCGGAGGAGGCAUGGAGGUGGGCAUGUCGCUGCCGCCGGCAGGCAUGGCGACGUUCCGGAGGUGCUUCGCCGAUGCCGUCGCGUGGCUCUCGUCGUCGCGCAGUACGGACACUCGUUGA